CCCCGGCGAAGACUGCGUGAAAUACUGGUUGGAGAACAUUUUAUAUCCCUUUUCGGAUUAAUUUUGAAUCAUUUGGGGGUUUAGAAUAUUAAUUUGGUAGCCCUGUACUGUGCGCACCCGAUCUUGUGCGCGCCUCUCUCUUGAAGUAGACUUUUUCUCUGUUGGUGGCGAAGUUUAAAAACCAGGUGAAUGUAUAGCAUGAUGAUGGAAACUGACCUUCAUUCCCCGGGUCCCCAAACGAACACGAACACGGGGCAAACGGGGCCAAACAGCGGCUCCAAAGCGAAUCAGGAGCGCGUGAAGAGACCGAUGAACGCGUUUAUGGUGUGGUCCCGCGGGCAGCGGAGAAAGAUGGCACAGGAGAACCCCAAAAUGCACAACUCUGAGAUCAGCAAACGGCUGGGCGCCGAGUGGAAGGUGAUGUCCGAGGCUGAGAAGCGCCCUUUCAUUGACGAGGCGAAACGGUUGCGCGCCAUGCACAUGAAGGAGCAUCCGGAUUACAAGUACCGGCCAAGACGGAAGACCAAGACGCUGCUGAAAAAGGACAAAUAUUCCCUCGCCGGUGGACUGCUUUCUGGGCCCAGUGGGGGCGGUGGAGUUGGUUUAGGGGUCGGGAUGAGUUCAUCCGGGGUCGGUCAGAGGUUAGAGAGCCCCGGGGGUCACGGAGGCUCCGCCAGCUCCGGCUACGCGCACAUGAACGGCUGGGCAAACGGUGCGUACUCGGGGCAGGUGGCUGCAGCCGCGGCGGCCGCAGCGAUGAUGCAGGAGGCGCAGCUCGCUUACAGCCAGCACCCGGGCAGCGGAGCGCACCACCACCACCACUCACACCACCAUCACUCACACAACCCGCAGCCCAUGCACCGCUACGACAUGACAGCCCUGCAGUACAGCCCCAUCUCGAACUCUCAGAGCUACAUGAACGCCUCUCCAUCCGGCUACGGCGGGAUCACCUACACGCAGCACCAGGGCUCCGGCGUCUCCUCCUCGGCCGCCAUGGGGACGUUAGGGUCGCUGGUGAAGUCGGAGCCGAGUGUAAGCCCUCCCGUCAGCAGCACACACUCACGGGGUCCUUGCCCCGGAGACUUGAGAGAGAUGAUAAGCAUGUAUUUACCGACCGGAGAGCCGGGGGACCCGUCAAUGCAAAGUAGACUCCAUGCCUUGCCGCAGCAUUACCAGAGCGCCACGGCUGGAGUGAACGGGACGGUCCCUCUAACACACAUUUAGAACUCACAGAAUAAUUGAAAACUGCAAACGAACACAUAACCAAAUAUUUACCUCUUUUCUAAAUAACCCCGGU